CGCGACACAACCCCUUUACGGCACUUAACAUGGCGGCGCCCUUGUGAUGUUGGGGGUGGUUUGCUGCGUCUCGCGUGGUUCUCCCAACCACGGCUCCUGGGCUGGCCCCUGCAGUCCCCUUGCUGCCCCCUUAGCUGCCCCCUUAGCUGCCCCUUAGCUGCCCCCUGCUCAACUCGCGGGCGUCGCUACUGACGUUGGAAGAAUUCAACAUCCUGCCGAGGCUAACCAACGAGCGUCGUGCGGCGUCAUGGCGUCCAGGUGCGCGGACAUUAACGUCCGAGCGGCUUUACUGACCACGCGUCUCUCCAAGAAGCCCCCGCUGGAGCCCAAGCGGGCCCUAGCCCUGCAGGACAAGGCCGGGUUCAAGCGCGAGCCCUUGGGCGAGGCGACGUGCAUCACGGAGAUGAUGCUGCUCAUGGGAUGCUGGAGGCUCAACAACUUUACUGACUCGCCGUGCUCCAGCGAGAUCAGGGCCUUCUCCAACUGCUCUUCCAAGACGAAGGCGCAGUUGAAGGACGAGCAGGAUGGCGGGAAGCGUACCCCCAGCAUGAUGAGUCAGAAGCAAGCCAACGCUCUCCUCUCACGCUUUCCCAUCAAGGCAAACGUCAGGCGAGGCAGAUUCUGGGAUCUGGCAUCUUCGCAAAAGUCAUAGUCCCCCCGAUACACCACGACAAGUUUGAGGUGCGACCAGCCUUUUAUUUUACGAGAUGGCAAUGGUAUUCAUCAGUUGAACAUUUUCCAGCAUUGCGAUAAGUUUAUUGACAUUGAAUGAGGUUCUGCUGGAGUAUGGUGAUGUCACCUUGUAGGUAUGCAAUGAUGCAUGGCUUACAAAAGAUCGAUUCUUAGGCAUGUGAUGUACGCCGAAAACCAUCUGUGAAAUAAUCUAUUGUUAUUCAAUAAAUAUGCAAACGAAGCUGAUGUUGCAUCGUGGCUCAUGGAGCAAACGGAACUGGUACACGACAGGAAAAUGAGAAACAUUACACACGAGGCAGUAAAAAUCAGACAUUGUGGUCUCCAAAUCAUAGCAGUUUGAAUUUCUGUGGAGUAAAUGGUGACGUCUAGGGCCUUGUAUUUUAAUAAUUAGGCACAUGUGUCGCGAUAGGGCGAGUUGUGUGCGAUGGCGGAAGUGAUGUUGGUCAAAUUUGUUGUGCACUAUAAUAAAGGCAUUCUCUUACAAUACAGCGUUGUAAUGUUUUUUAGACCGGAAAUUCGAAUUUAGUGUAACACAGAGCCUAAAUACCUGAGUCACUUUCUUUUGUUCCAACAAUAAUCAGUCCAAUAUGUUGUCGAUUUAUAUUUUCCCAUAGUUUUGGAGAAGAAGAAAAAUCAUAAUAAUAACAAUCUGACAUUGGUGAAGUAAGUGAACGUAAAUGUCGAAGCAGUCAUUGAAAACAUUACCAACGUUUAAGUCACCGAGCCACGGACAGUUUGAGUUAAUGAAAGGGACGAAUCUUAAUAUUACUCGUCACAUUCUUAAUUAACAUUGCCCAAGAAAAUAAUGUCCAAAGUUGGUGGUCCGAAGACCAUAGCUCGUUGUCUUUAUUCCCUGGCUACAAAGGGAAAUUUCCCAAAAAUGUCAGGAUGGUUUAUUGUUCGUGCUUUUGGACCUCCGACAACGCCGUGUCCCAACGUUACGUUCAGUGAAUAUGGCCGUUUAGUAGUGUACACGUUUAAACCCACGUCGAAUUACGUGUUACACUUUACAUUUUUCUAUUGCAGGUUAUUUCAGCGGUGAAUAAGGUUGUUUUCAAAGCCAUUCAAGUUGGUUACUUGUAUGUGUAUACAGUAUUGUAUACUUGUCUGUAGAUGUUUGCUGUAAAAACACAUUAAACCUUAAAAUUCACAUACAAGUCUCACCAACUUAAUAAUUGGUUUCAUUUAUUUUAUUCUGUCUGCCUGUAUUUAAUACAUGUCAAUUAAGGAUGGCAUUAAAUAGAUAAAAUAAA